GAAUUUUUUAUAUUUUUUAUAUAAAUAUUUUUUUAUAACAUCGAAUUAAUAAUAAGAACAGUUAUUUUAUGGACGAGAAAACACAAGCAGGAGUAGGUAGUACUACUCAUCAACCAAAUUAUAAUUAUGCGUCGUCCAAUAGCACUAUAGCAAGUAUCAAAAACUUGAAUAAAGACGCAGUGGGUCAAAAUGAUACAUUUGGUGAAUCGGAAGCAAAUCAAGUUAACAUCGAAGGUGCCAAAAAUGAAUAUCAGAUGUUAAAGAAAGAAUUGAGUCGAAUAAGUCGAAAAAGUUCUCCCUCUAAGAUUGAGGAAGGAAAAGCAGAUGCUGAUGAAUUCAAUCUUGAUGAAUUUUUACAUGGCAUGUCUAGAAAACAUAAUGAAAAUGGUUCAAAGCCUAAACAACUUGGUGUAUCAUGGAAAAACUUGCGAGUGGAGGGUCUUGGCGCUGAUGCAUUUACAAUUCCUACCGUCUUCAGUAUGUUCUCAUCAAUUCUUCAAUUUUGGAAAUAUUUUCAAAAGAAUAGCUCAAGUACAAAAGUCAUUCUUCAAAAUCUUACAGGGUGUUGUAAGGAUGGUGAAAUGUUAUUAGUUCUUGGUCGUCCUGGUGCAGGUUGUUCAUCGUUUCUUAAGGUGAUUGCAAACAUGAGAGGAUCGUAUACAAAAGUAGAAGGCGAUGUUAGCUAUGGUGGCAUUGAUCAUAAAACUUUUGCUGAAAGAUAUAGAGGCCAAGUGUGUUAUAAUGAAGAAGAAGAUCAACAUUACCCUACAUUGACAACCAAACAAACUCUUCAAUUCGCAUUACGAACCAAGACUCCUGGUAAACGUCUUGAUAAUGAAACAAAGGAAGACUUUAUCAAUCGUAUUUUAUAUUUGCUUGGAAAUAUGCUCGGUUUGACAAAACAAAUGAAUACAAUGGUCGGUAAUGCCUUUGUUCGUGGUCUUUCAGGUGGUGAACGUAAACGUCUUUCUAUUGCUGAACAAAUGACAACCCGUAGUGCUAUCAACUGCUGGGAUUGUUCCACUCGUGGUCUUGAUGCUGCAUCUGCUCUUGAUUAUGUUCGCUCUCUUCGUAUCAUAACGGAUAUUUUCAAUACUACAACCAUUGCUACACUAUAUCAAGCUUCAAAUAGCAUUUUUAAUCUUUUUGACAAAAUCCUUCUUCUUGAUGGAGGUUAUUGUAUUUACUAUGGUCCCGCUCAACAAGCAAAGAAAUACUUUGAAGAUUUGGGUUUCUACUGCCCUCCUAGAAAAUCAACUCCUGAUUUCCUAACUGGUCUCUGUAACCCUAAUGAACGUGAAUUCAAACCUGGAUUUGAAGAAUCAGCACCUAAGCAUCCUACAGAAUUCCAAGAAAGAUAUUAUAAUUCUGAAGUCUAUAAAAUGAUGUUGGAUGAUCUUCAUGAUUAUGAAGAAACUGUUAGAGCUGAAAAUAAAGCUGCCACAUUUGCUGAUGCUGUUCGUGAAGAACACCAAAAGUAUGCUAAAAAGAAUACACCUUAUAUUGCCUCAUUCUAUCAGCAAGUAAAAGCUCUUACCAUUCGUCAACAUUAUUUACUUCUUAAAGAUAUACCUGCCUUGAUUUCUAGAUAUGGUACUAUCUUAAUUCAAUCUUUAAUUACUGCAUCAUGUUUCUUUAAGUUGCCUCUUACUGGUUCUGGUGCAUUUUCUCGUGGUGGUGCUCUUUUCUUUUCUGUCUUGUUUAAUUCAUUUAUUUCACAAUCUGAGCUUGUUCGUUUCUUAAUGGGACGUCCUAUUUUAGAGAAACACAAACAAUAUGCACUCUAUAGACCCUCUGCCUAUUAUAUUGCUCAAGUUAUUAUGGAUAUACCAUACGCAUUGGUUCAAGUGUUAUUGUUUGAAAUUUGCGCUUAUUUCAUGAUGGGUUUAAAACUAGAAGCAGGUGCUUUCUUUACUUUCUUUGUUACACUUUUCUUCUUGAAUAUGUGUAUGAAUGGUUUUUUCCGUUUCUUUGGCGCUAUUACUUCUAGUUUCUUUUUGGCUACACAAAUUACUGGUGUACUUCUUAUUGCUAUUACAACUUACACAGGUUAUACAAUUCCUUAUAAAAAAAUGCAUCCCUGGUUGUUUUGGAUUUACUACAUCAAUCCUAUCACAUAUGCCUAUAAAGCCCUUAUUUCUAAUGAAAUGCGUGGUCAAGUAUAUUCUUGUGAAGGUCUUGGCAAUUCUAUUCCUUUUGGUCCCAGUUAUACUAAUUGGGAUUAUAAAGUGUGUGUAAUGGAAGGAGGUGUUCCAGGUCAAAACUUUGUCACCGGUGAUAACUACCUUAAAGAAGCUCUGAGUUACUAUCCUUCCCAACUUUGGGCUCCUGAUUUUAUUGUUGUGGUUGCGUUUUUCAUUUUCUUUACUGUUUUAACAGCUUUAGCAAUGGAAUAUGUUGGACUUGAGAAGGCUACUUCCCUUACUAAACUUUAUCUUCCCGGUAAGGCACCUAAGCCUCGUACUCCAGAAGAAGAGAACGAAAGACGUUUGAAACAAAGUAAAGUUACUGAAAACAUGGACAAAAUUUCUACUGGUACUACUUUCUCCUGGCAACACGUUAACUAUACUGUGCCAAUUAAAGGUGGUUCUCUUCAGUUAUUAAACGACAUUGGUGGUUAUGUUAAGCCUGGCCAUUUGACAGCUUUAAUGGGUUCUUCUGGUGCUGGUAAAACAACACUUUUAGAUGUGCUUGCUCGUAGAAAGACAAUUGGUAAAGUAGAGGGCAAUGUUUAUCUUAAUGGUGAAGCUCUUAUGAAUGACUUUGAACGUAUUACGGGUUAUUGUGAACAAAUGGAUGUUCAUCAACCAGCUGUUACUGUUCGUGAGGCCCUUCGUUUCUCUGCUUACUUGCGUCAACCAGCUGAUGUCCCCAAGGAAGAAAAGGAUGACUAUGUUGAACAAAUCAUUCUACUUCUUGAGAUGGAUGAUAUAGCAGAUGCUCAAAUUGGUAAUGUUGGUAGUGGUUUCGGUAUCUCUGUAGAAGAACGUAAGCGUCUUACUAUUGGUAUGGAACUUGUUGGCAAGCCCAAGUUACUUUUCUUGGAUGAACCUACCUCUGGUCUUGAUGCUCAAAGUUCUUAUAACAUUAUCCGUUUCAUUCGUAAACUUGCUGAUGCUGGUUGGCCUGUACUCUGUACGAUUCAUCAACCUUCUGCUAUUUUGUUCGAUCAUUUCGAUCAUCUUUUACUUUUAGUUCGCGGUGGUCGUACUGCAUACUUUGGUGAGAUUGGUAAAGAUUCUCAGACAAUGAUCAGCUAUUUUGAAUCUAACGGUGGACCCAAAUGCUCUCCUGAUGCUAAUCCAGCUGAAUAUAUCUUGGAGGUUGUAGGUGCAGGUACUGCUGGUAAAGCUACUAAGGACUGGGCUGAAGUCUGGAAGGCCUCCGAUGAAUGCAAGAGACUUGCAGAAGAACUUGAUGAGAUUGAUCGUUCUGCUGAUAAAAACCCUACUCGCAAGGCUUUGACCUAUGCUACGCCCUUUUCUACACAAUUCCGUCUUGUAUUUAAACGUAUGACACUUGCCUACUGGCGCUCACCUGAUUAUAAUAUUGGCCGUUUCUUGAAUAUUAUGUUUACAUCUUUGAUUUCUGGUUUUACAUAUUGGAAAUUGAAUAACUCAUCUACUGAUUUGCUUUACAAGGUCUUUGCUCUUUUCAGUACAUUUAUUAUGGCCAUGACCAUGAUUAUUUUAGCUCAACCAAAAUACAUGACUGAACGUAUUUAUUUCCGUCGUGAAUAUGCUUCACGUUAUUAUGGCUGGCUUCCAUUUGGUUUAUCAGCUAUUUUGGUUGAGUUUCCUUAUAUUAUUGUCUUUGCUGCUAUGUUUAUGUUUGGUUUCUAUUGGACUUCUGGUAUGACUAAUACUUCUUCUUCAUGUGGUUACUUUUAUAUUACAUUUGUUGUUCUUGUCUGCUGGGCUGUUACACUUGGUUUUGAUAUUGCUGCCGUUGCUGAACUUCCUACGAUGGCUGCAGUUAUUAAUCCUUUAUUUGUCUCCAUUCUUAUCCUUUUCUGUGGUCUUAUGCAAACACCUUCUGCUAUGCCUAAAUUCUGGAGUUCAUGGAUGUACUGGCUUGAUCCUUUCCAUUACUACAUUGAAGGAUUAGCUGUAAAUGAACUUGCUACACUUAAAGUUGAAUGUACAGAGGAAGAUCUUAUUCGAUUCACACCUCCACCUGGUCAAACAUGUGCGGAAUAUACAGCUGAGUUUUUUGCUUUGGGCGCAACAGGUUAUAUUGCUAAUCCAGAUGCAGUUCAACCAGAACAAUGCGGCUAUUGUCAAUACAAAUCUGGUCCUGAUUUUUACUACACUGGUAUGAAAUGGGAAGCUUCACACAAGUGGCGUAACUUUGGUAUCCUUAUUGCAUUUACUAUUUUUAAUAUCUUUGUUUUCCUCUUGUUUGUCUACUUGAAGAGAAAGCCAAGACGUUAAAAAAGAUAUUUAAACUCCUCUUCCCUCCUCAUUACUCAAAUCUAUUUACUCUUUAUUUUAUUUUUUUUAUUAGAUAGCAUUAUUUUUUCUUUUCAUGAUAGCAUUAUUUUCUUAAUAUAUUCUAAUUUUACUCCCCCUUUUUUUUGUUUAAUGUAUAUAAAUUAUCUUUCAUACUUUAAUCUUAAUAAAUUCAAAUAUUUUUUUUUAUACAUAAUAUAAA